AUGGUUGCUGCGGGCUCAAUCACCGUCGCAGUCCGCGUCCGUCCUCCGACUUCUUGGGAAGGAGCCCGACUCCCCCAACAAACAUACGACAACUGCAUCCGUACCGACGGCGCACUCUCUACACCGGCAAAGUCUACGGCGACCAACGCGCCGCUCCGGGAGGUCAUCCAAAUCGUGGAUGACCGCGUCCUGACGUUCGACCCCGAUGAGAAGGAUCCGUCGAGAGCGUUUGUCGAGCGUGGCUUCGUGCCUCCGGGUACUAAACGCUACAAAGACAGGCGUUUUAUCUUUGACAGGGUGUUCGACUAUCAGGCGCGUCAACAAGAUGUAUACCACGGCACGGCCAAACCAUUACUCAGCAAUCUACUGGAGGGAUACAACGCUACUAUCUUUGCCUAUGGUGCUACAGGUUGUGGUAAAACACACACUAUUAGCGGUACAGAUGCCGAUCCUGGUAUCAUCUACCUCACAAUGGCCGACCUCUUCCAACAAAUUGAAGACAAAAGGGAGGAAAAUAUCAUUGACGUAGUCGUCACCUUCCUCGAAAUCUAUAACGAAGAAAUUCGUGAUCUUCUGGCAGAGCCGGGGACUCCAACGCCGCGUGGGGGCCUCCAGAUUCGCGAGGACAAGAAUGUCAAGGUCGUCGGGCUUACCGAAUUGCGGCCCAGGAGUGCCGAUGAGGUCAAAGAGAUUGUCUUGCUGGGCAAUUCACGUAGAACACAGUCGCCCACACACGCUAACGAGACGUCGUCGCGGUCACAUGCUGUGUUGCAGGUGCAUGUCACGCAGGCUCCGCGGACGGCGAGCAUCACUGAACAACGGAUGAUGGGCACACUGUCUAUUAUCGACCUUGCCGGCAGCGAGCGGGCUGCUGCAACGACGAAUAUGGGACAACGCAUGGUCGAGGGCGCGAAUAUCAACAAGUCCCUUCUCGCUCUCGGCAACUGCAUCAACGCUCUCUGCGAGAGUGGAGGUGCUAUACGUCAUGUCCCAUACCGCAACAGCAAGCUGACCCGCUUGCUCAAGUUCUCCCUCGGUGGAAACUGCAAGACCGUCAUGAUUGUCUGUAUCGCGCCGACCUCGCUUCACUUCGACGACACGCAGAACACUCUAGUCUAUGCAGAGCGCGCGACGAGGAUCAAGACGAAAGUGGUCACCCGUAAUGUGGUGAAUGUCGACCGGCAUGUCGGGCAAUACGUCGAGGCGAUCAACCGCCUCAACCUAGAGGUCUCCGAGCUUAAGCAAAAGGUGGCGGGCAAACGAGACUUAGAGGCCGAGAAAGACCGCCGGAAGAGGCGGGAGGCGGCUGCAGAGGUCGAGCGGGCCAAGAGCGAUAUGCAGCAGAAAGCCGAUCAGAUGCAGCCCUCGAUUGUUGAUGGUGCAAGUUGCGCCGGCAAGAUCGCAGUUGCCGAAGCCAAACUGAAGGUCAUUCGCGCUCGGCUGGCGCAGCUCGACACCCAAGCCUCGUCUUCUUCCGCUCUUCCGUCAGACUUGGAGGCUGAGCGCGAGCUCUUGAAGGCGCUUGCAGGCCCCGAGGAAGAGGUCAUCAAGGCGCAAUCAGCUCUCAAUGUCCGCGUACAGCGUUCGAGCAACUCAUCGGCGAUGUUCGAUGCCACACUCCGUGCCGUGGGCGAGCGGAGGUCAGACAAGCUAGAUGAGUUCGCGGUCGACAACGUGAAACUCGACGCUCGGUGGCGCAAAGCUGAGAUGGAGCGCGUCAAGGCGGAAGCACGGCAGGAGGUCCUGCAGGAGGCGGUCACGCGCCAGGCGGAAGUCGUCGUUAGUCUCAUUGGAAUGGUGAGCAGAUGUACCGUCAUGCUGGGUGAUGCAAGCCGCAUCCUCGGCACGGCUGUGGCAGAGGGACGGGAUGGCAUGGAGGCGACUGUCAAGGCACUGUCUUCGUCAUUGAAGCAUGUCGCGGAGGGUAAUGACGAGGUCUUCAAGACUCUCCUGGGACACUCGAUCGCUGCUUACGCCGUUGGCGCCGCUCCACAAGGCCCGUCGUCCCUCGACAACUUCAAGGGGUAUCCGACAACACUGGGCAUCGGGCGUGCGGCGUCCGGGCCGAUUGCCCCCCAGCAUGGGAAACCAAGGCUAUCGAGGCGUUCCUCAUCCUACGGUGCCUCCGUCCCUAGCUCCCCCCUCCGCAAGGCGCACAAAAGCCCGCGUAAGUCGCUCCGCUCCAGCAUGGCCUCUGCUGCUUUGCCGUAUCGUCGCGUAUCCGACAAAGACAAGGGCAAAAGGAAGGGUGUGCAAUGGCGCGACGAAGCUGGUCAGGGUGACAUCGACGAUGGUGGCGUGGGCGCCGUAGGUCCGACGAUCACUGUAUUUUCGAGCCCCGACACAACCACUAUAUUCUCUGCAGGCGCAUCUACGGUUGGCUCUAGCUCAGCGUCAACGUCUACACGAAGCAUGUCCGGCCUCAGCUUAGAAAGCGAAUGGGAGGACGAGAAGACGGACGACAGUCUUCAGUUCAGCUUCGCCCAGCCCUCAAUGCAUGACGCGUCAAGCUCCUCCAUCAGUGCUGUGCGCAAACGGCCCAGGGCCAGUCGGCUCGACCCGUCCUUCCUCAAAUCGAAGUCGCGAGGCUCUACGCUUGGUAGUUUGGCAGAGGACGACGAGGACUGUGCUGCAGCUCAAGGGUCGCCCACAAAGCGUCUCGGACCAUUGUCGGACCGCAACAUGAAUCGUGCAUCUUCGCCUGAGGGCUCCACCAGGUCGCGAGCGACACUCGGGUAGCCCUGCAAAGCGGGUGCCCUUGACACCGAAAGCUGUCGGGCUAAGCAAGAGCAUGAGACGUCGCUCGAAUAUUGGCCCCACGCGCAGCGACCGUCCCCGGCGGCGGUCCAGUAUGAUCCCGCAGCUCUCGCCGGUCGACCGGGAUGCGAACGAUUCCGGUAACUCGUCGCACAUCUUGGGCAAGAGCAUGGGUGGUGCGCGGCGAGUGCCUUUCGGGAAUGGGGAACGGUCUCCAGCGAAGCGGCCGAAGAGAAUGUCACUACUAUCGCUGUCAUCAGCAAAGUCGGGCGCAUCUGCACGGCUCAAGCUGCCCGAUGCCAACUCCAGCGCGGAUAUCAGCUUCCGGGGAAUGGGGAAGCCGACGUGGCGAUAGAGGUAAAAGUUGUCGCUAUGAUUCGUGAGUUUGGACCCUCUAACUCGUUCUAUGUAUCACUUCGCGAUGUCUGUAUGAACGACCACUCAUGACCUCUCUACAUUUUGCUAUGUUUGA